CCCUGACCCGGGUCGCGCCGUCCUGUCUGCCCGGCCCGCACCGAGCGCCAUGGCCGAGCCGCCGCCCGACGUCAGUGAGGACGAGUGUCUCCCCGAGUACCGCCACCUCUUCUGCCCGGACCUGCUCCGGGACAAGGUGGCCUUCAUCACGGGUGGUGGUUCCGGGAUCGGUUUCCGGAUCGCCGAGAUUUUCAUGCGGCACGGCUGCCGCACCGUCAUCGCCAGCAGGAGCCUCCCGAGAGUGUCAGUGGCUGCCAGGAAGCUGUCUGCUGCCACUGGCCAGCGCUGCCUCCCUUUGUCCCUGGACGUCCGAGCUCCCCUGGCCAUCAUGGCUGCCGUGGACCAGGCCCUGAAGGAAUUUGGGAAAAUCGACAUUCUUGUUAACUGUGCCGCGGGGAACUUCCUGUGCCCCGCCAGCGCCCUGUCCUUCAACGCCUUCAAGACGGUGAUGGACAUCGACGCCCUGGGCAGCUUCAACGUGUCCCGGGCGCUCCACGAGAAGUUCUUUCGGGAGCACGGAGGGGUCAUCCUGAACAUCACGGCCACCCUGGGCAUGCGCGGCUGCGCGCUCCAGCUGCACGCGGGCUCGGCCAAGGCGGCUGUGGAUGCCAUGACGAGGCACUUGGCGGUGGAGUGGGGUCCCCAGAACAUCCGCGUCAACAGCCUGGCCCCCGGCCCCAUCAGUGGCACCGAGGGCUUCCGUCGGCUGGGCGGCCCCCCGGACAGCGUGAGCAGGAAGGUCCAGGCCAGCCCCCUGCAGAGGCUGGGGAACAAGACAGAGGUGGCCCACGGCGCGCUCUACCUCGCCAGCCCCUUGGCCUCCUACGUGACCGGAGCUCUGCUGGUGGUGGACGGCGGGGCGUGGCUGACACUGCCCAACGACCCCGGGCUGCUGGGCCGCGGGGAGCCCCCCUCUGCUAGGCUCUAGGUGCUCUCUAUGCUGGCGGGCAUAGGGAGCAGCUGCAUCCACGUUCCCUCCCUCCGGUGCACUGGCCUGGGCAGGCGGGACUGGGCAGCGAGCCGGCCUGCUGAGCUGCCCUCCCGACAGGCAUCUGCAGGGCCAGGCCAGCAUGGCGGGGCUGCCUCGGAGUGGGAUGUGCCGAGCUACGGGAGGCCAUCCAGGACCUGGAGCUGCUCUGCUGGGCUGUGCUAUCCAGCCAGCCAGGCAGGCCUGUCUCGUCCUGCCCGCGUCCAGUGCCUGCUGACGUGCCCGGGGCUGCUCCCCACAGCUGGGACAUCCCCAUGGAGCCCCUCGGUUGUUCAGGAGCCUCCGGGCUCUGGAGUUCAGGAGGGGCCCCCGGCGUCCAGUGUGCUGUGUCCUGCAGGCUCACGUCUCCCUCCCCGGCUAUGCUGCCCAUCUCCCUACCGCAGCUUUAGAAUCUUGCCAUAAAUUUCAUUUCCUUCAAAAUUCGUCUUUUUGCCACGAAGGUGUCUAUUCACUGGACUUUACAAAAGUUUCAGCAGGAAAAGG